UGUACAGGAGAGGAAAAAGAAGAGGUUGCAGGCAAGCUUCUCUCUCUCUCUCUCUCUCUCUCUCUCUCUUUCAUAUCGCCUCAGUGCCAAAGUUUCUUCUUUGCUGGGGAGAGCGUGAGUGAGAGAGAGAUUAUGGGAGAAAAAGGGGUCUCCCUUGAAGAGCUGAAGAGGAGAAUGGCAGAGUUCGCGAGCGAGAGGGACUGGGACCAGUUUCACAGCCCUAGGAACCUCCUCUUGGCCUUGGUUGGGGAAGUUGGGGAGUUGUCUGAGAUAUUCCAAUGGAGAGGCGAAGUAGCAAGAGGACUACCUGGAUGGAAAGAGGAAGAGACACAACACCUGGGUGAGGAGCUCUCAGAUGUGUUGCUAUACCUGGUCAGGCUGUCUGACGUAUGUGGCGUUGAUCUUGGUGAGGCUGCACUGAGGAAGCUGCAGCUCAAUGCCCUCAAGUACCCAGUCCACCUUUCCAAGGGCUCUUCCAAAAAGCACACACAGAUCAAUGCAAAUGCGCCUGCAGUUGCUGACAGCAACGGGGAUUGCUAGUUUGGAUUCACUUCACUUGGCCAUGGCCAAUAUAGCCCCAGGCCCUCCAACAGUGAAAAGUCGAGAAGUACCAACUAGUAGGUACUUUAGUGGGGGUGUGAUUGUUGAUUUGGCUUUGACCAUAUCUAGUGUCAUUUCUGGAGUAGAUGUUUAGCUCCUUUUUGGUUCUGCUAAUGAUUUGGUUUGUGUAACUAGUGAUAGUGGGUGUUUAGGUUUUACUGUGCAAUGCUUUUUUUUUUAAUUUACUAAUCAAGUGGAGGGUAGAGAAAGAAAAUGUGAAUUUUUGUGGUGGUGGGUCAUGGGGUUGGUGGUGAACAGUGAAAGUGGACUUGGGGGGGCUUCAAUGUUGAUUAACUGAAAGUGCAAGUCUGCAAGUCAAUAGGGUUUCUUCCGAUGA